GGCAAUACAAAAGAAAGAAACAGAGAGAGAGUGAAGGGAGAGGACCAAAUUAAUUCAAAGUGGUGAAAUGGCCGCAGGCCUCUCCUCUCGCGCGCUCUUCUUAUCCAUUAACAACAACAACAACAACAACAACUAUCAUCAACACCAUUGCUCCCAAACCUUUCGCUUUAGUUUCGAAGAAAGAAGAAGAAGAAGAGUAAGUCGUAGUAGUAGUAGAAGCUUCUCUUCGCUUCCACUUUCUCUCUCCACCAGCAACGGAGUCUCUUCUCCUUCUUCUCGGCCAGUUCUUUGCCAGUCCUCCUCCACCGACCUUGAUGUCGCCGUCCAAGCCGGACAAGAUCGUCUUCUCAAGGUUCCAGCGUCUAGAAUAAGGAAUUUCUGCAUCAUUGCGCAUAUUGACCAUGGAAAAUCAACUUUGGCGGAUAAACUGCUUCAAAUUACUGGAACUGUGCUGAAGCGAGAGAUGAAGGAACAGUUUCUUGAUAACAUGGAUUUGGAAAGAGAGAGAGGCAUCACUAUCAAACUACAGGCAGCUCGAAUGCGUUAUGUGUUUAAAGGUGAACCAUAUUGCCUGAAUCUAAUUGAUACUCCAGGGCAUGUGGACUUCUCUUAUGAGGUUUCUCGAUCUCUUGCUGCAUGUGAGGGAGCUCUCCUUGUUGUAGAUGCUUCUCAGGGAGUUGAAGCACAAACACUUGCUAAUGUUUACUUGGCCUUGGAAAACAACCUAGAGAUCAUCCCUGUUUUGAACAAAAUAGAUCUUCCAGGUGCUGAACCAGAUCUUGUUGUUCGGGAGAUUGAAGAGGUUGUUGGGUUGGACUGUAGCAAUGCCAUACGCUGUUCUGCUAAGGAGGGAAUAGGUAUAACUGAAAUUCUCGAUGCGAUUGUUGAACGGAUUCCCCCACCCAAGGAUACUGCUGAAAGGCCAUUGAGGGCUUUAAUAUUUGAUAGUUACUAUGAUCCAUAUAGGGGUGUUAUAGUAUAUUUUCGGGUCAUCGAUGGGACCAUAAAGAAAGGUGACAGAAUUUAUUUUAUGGCCAGUGGGAAGGAUUAUUCUGCUGAUGAAGUUGGAGUUUUGUCUCCUAAUCAGUUGCAAGUUGAAGAACUGUUUGCUGGUGAGGUAGGCUAUCUUUCAGCUUCUAUAAGAUCAGUUGCAGAUGCUAGGGUGGGUGACACAAUUACACACUACAGUAGAAAGGCGGGAAACUCACUUCCUGGAUACGAGGAAGCCACUCCUAUGGUGUUCUGUGGCCUGUUUCCUGUUGAUGCAGACCAGUUCCCUGAGUUGCGUGAUGCACUUGAGAAACUGCAACUCAACGAUGCUGCGUUGAAGUUUGAGCCAGAGACCUCAAGUGCCAUGGGUUUUGGCUUCAGAUGUGGGUUCUUGGGUCUUCUCCACAUGGAAAUAGUUCAGGAGAGGCUCGAGAGGGAAUACAAUCUGAGCCUGAUCACUACAGCGCCAAGUGUUGUAUAUAGAGUGACUUUUGUAAAUGGUGAUACUGUUGAAUGCUCAAACCCAUCUAUACUUCCUGAACCUGGAAAGAGGAGGUUGAUUGAGGAGCCAUUUGUUAAGAUUGAGAUGCUUACGCCAAAAGACUAUAUUGGUCCACUUAUGGAGCUGGCUCAAGACAGAAGGGGAGAGUUUAAAGAAAUGAAAUAUAUUACUGAGAAUAGAGCAUCACUCACCUAUGAGUUACCUCUAGCAGAGAUGGUAGGUGAUUUCUUUGACCAGCUGAAGUCCAGAAGUAAGGGUUAUGCCAGCAUGGAAUACACAUUUGUUGGGUACAAGGAAAGUGAAUUAUUAAAACUUGACAUUCAGAUUAAUGGUGAUAGUGUGGAACCAUUGGCUACUAUUGUGCACAGGGAUAAGGCAUAUGCUGUGGGAAGAGCUUUGACUCAAAAGCUGAAGGAGCUUAUACCUAGACAAAUGUUUAAAGUACCCAUCCAAGCUUGCAUAGGUUCAAAAGUGAUUGCUAGUGAAUCUUUAUCAGCAAUUAGGAAGGAUGUUUUAUCUAAAUGCUAUGGUGGGGAUAUUUCAAGGAAGAAGAAACUGCUUAAAAAACAGGCUGAGGGAAAGAAAAGAAUGAAGGCAAUUGGUAAAGUUGAUGUACCCCAAGAAGCCUUCAUGGCUGUCUUAAAACUUGAAAAGGAGGUAUUGUGAUCAUAAUUCUUUGUAGCAAGAAAUGAUGUGAAAUUAUUGUGAAAUUACAGUUAUUGUGGGAAAUAUGAGAAGCUUUUGCAAUA